CGACAUCCACCUCGCCUCGAAGAUGCCCAAGUGCCUCGGCCUCCUUUCCCUGUUCGUCUUCCUUCUCGCCUCCUUCUCGGGGAUCAGCGGGCAGAAUCCUUGUCCCGAGCCCAGUGACAUCCUUCCCUGCACCUGCAUCCAUGAUGAAAGCCUCAACGCUGGGACAGUCGACUGUUCGGAAGCGGGCUCGAUUGACGAAAUCUUCUCCGUCUUCAACGAGGCUCCCUGGCCUCACACGGAAUUCACGAGAUUUAACCUGACCUACAAUGAGGGAAUACAAGAGAUACCCGAAGGAGUUUUCGGAGAAGUCUCAUUCGAAGAAAUAUUCAUUUACCGUACCCCAAUUACCAACGUACAUCCCGGGGCAAUCCUGCCCUUAAAAGAUCGCCUUUGGGAUCUGCGAAUCGGGUACGGCGCAAUGGCAGGCUUCCCUUGGAACAUCAUCCCUGAACUCCCGAAUCUCGUCAGAAUCUCCCUCUACGGAAAUGCGUUUACCGUCUGGCCGUUGCUCGAAAGCGACAGCGUGGAAAUCAUCAUCUUGAGCGGGAAUAGCAUAACCUUCCUUGAGCCUGGGUUUCAUCUCCCAAAAUUGCGUGUUCUUGACGUGGACAUGCAGGGUGCGGAAUUGGGUAUCCUUCGUUCCUUUCCCAUCCAUCAAAUCCCCGUGACAAUAUUCAUGAUCGAAAUGGAAGAUGAAAUCGACCGCCCCAACAUUAUGAAGCUAAUGCGUGAAAUGGGAUAUGUAGAUCUUGGGAUGGCGGCAAAAGACAAGAUUUUCGUCCGGGAAUAUAUCGUGUCUCCUGACAUGGAAAUGAAGCCAGGGAAGCCUCUCCCAAUGCCAUAUUAA